AUGAACCGCUUCCUUAUCACCAACUCAAACGCCACCGUUCAAGCAACACAUCCUCUCCACGCUUCGCCCGCCAUGACCAAGCACACCCCCGACUCCCUUCGCUCCCGCGUCUCUUCCCUCUCUCUCCGCCUCCAAGCAAUGGAGCACGCCGAAGCUCUCUCGCGCUCUCAAUCUCCCGCGCCCUCCAUGUCCGCCUCCACUACCACCACCCUCGCCCCCGGCCCGGCUUCGAAGCACUUCCUCCUCGCCGACAUGAACGGUCGCCCAGCCUCCCAGAACCCCGUCUGCGAGUCCUGCUGGAACACCCUCCGCUACAGCGAGGUCCGCCAAACCGUUCGCGCCGCCAACCCGGCCGCCUGCAAGCUCUGCGCCGUUGCCGCCAGUAAACCAGAGGCCUAUACCCAGCCCUUUGUCGACUUCCUGUCCGAGAACCCCACAAUCUUCCACGCCGUCUCCUACUUCAAGGACAAGCUCGCUGCUGCAGGAUUUACUGAGCUUCCCGCCCGCGAAAGCUGGGCCUCCAAGGUCCAGCCCGGAGGCAAAUACUGGACCACCCGCAAUGGUUCUGCCCUUAUCGCCUUCUCCGUCGGCGAGUCCUACAAGCCCGGCAACGGCGUCGCCAUGAUCGCCGGCCACAUUGACGCCCUCACCGCCAAGCUCAAGCCUGUCAGCUCCAAGCCCACCCGUGCCGGGUAUCACCAGCUCGGCGUCGCCCCUUACGCCGGCGCUCUCAACCAGACCUGGUGGGACCGCGACCUCUCCAUCGGUGGCCGUGUUAUCGUCCGCGAUCCCGAGACCAACAAGACGUCUACCAAGCUCGUCCGCCUCGACUGGCCCAUCGCCCGCAUCCCCACCCUCGCACCCCACUUCGGCGUCGGCAUGAUGGGCCAAAACAACCCGGAGACCCAGGCCGUCCCCAUCAUCGGCCUCGACUCUUCCGACCCGGACGCUGCCUCCGCCACCCCCGUCGAACCCCUCGGCCCCAAGGGCGCCUUCGUCAACACCCAGCCCCCCAAGCUCGUCAAGCUCGUCUCCAAGGAGCUUGGCCUCGCCUCCCCUACCGAAAUCGUAAACUGGGAACUCGAGCUCUACGACUCCCAGCCCGCGCAGACGGGUGGCCUCGAUCGCGAAUUUAUCUUUGGCGGCCGCAUCGACGACAAGGUUUGCUCCUGGGCCGCCCUCACCGGUCUCCUCGCGGCCGACUCGGACCCUAAGGAUGGCAUAAUCAAGCUCGUGGCUCUCUUUGACGACGAGGAAAUCGGAUCCCUCCUCCGCCAGGGCGCCCGAGGCAACUUCCUCCCUCUCACAAUCGAGCGCGCUGUUGAGGCCCUGAGCGAACACGCCGACGUUGCUUUUGGAUCAAAUGUUAUCGGCCAGACCUUUGCCUCCUCCUUCCUCUUGUCCGCGGACGUGACCCACGCAGGAAACCCCAACUUCCUGGGCCUGUACCUGGACGAGCACAUCCCCAAGCUCAACGUUGGUAUCGCCAUCUGCGGCGACAGCAACGGCCACAUGACCACCGACGCCGUCUCCACGGCCAUCCUCCAGCGUGUUGGCGAGCUGAGCGGGUCCGCGACGCAGACGUUCCAGAUCCGCAACGAUACCCGCAGCGGCGGCACUGUUGGACCCAUGCUCAGCUCCGCCAUGGGUGUAAGGGCUGCCGAUGCGGGAUUGCCGCAGUUGAGUAUGCACUCCAUCCGCGCCACGACCGGUGCGUUGGACCCUGGUUUGGGCGUCAAGUUCUUCAAGGGGUUCUUGGAUCUCUUUGAAAAGGUUGAUGCGGAGUGGCAGUAG